AUGGUUCAGGAAUUGCAGAGUGUAUUGGGAGGGAAGGCUGUGAGUUUGCCACAGGUGUUUAUUAAAGGGAAGCAUAUUGGUGGUGUGGAUGAGAUUAAGCAACUUCAUGAGGUUGGAGAGUUGGCAAAGCUUUUGGAAGGAUUCCCAACUCAAGAUCCAGGGAUUGUUUGUGACAGUUGUGGGGAUGCAAGGUUUGUGUCGUGCCUAAAUUGUAAUGGAAGUCGAAAAGAUUGA